GACUCAGUCAACGCAAGUCAAUGAUCGAGCUUUUCAGUCUUCUUCAAUCCACCGCCGCGGCCGUCGCCGCGGCCCCGAAGUUCUCGAACCUCAAACUACCUCUCACUCAGAGGUCGCCCUUCCGCUUCUCCACCAACGCCGUCGUCGAUGAAUCGCCCUCCUCGGUAUACUCCACCGCAGCCACCACAACCUCACCAUCUCGAUCAGCAGCAGCACCACCCCCAAACGCAGCACCACCCACAACGCCAACCAAAAAAUCCAAGCUCCCCUCCCCACCACCACCCACGCCUCCCCCGAAAUCCCCCAAACAACUCCAACAACGGCCCCUCCCGCAGACCCCGCGACGCAAGCACCGACACAGCAGCUUCCAAGAGCAAAUCUCACCCCCAACGGUAACCUACCGCACCACCCCAAGCCCAAGUCCCACCAAGAAACAACGCCGAAUGGGCACCGUCCUCUUUCCUCUAACCUCCUCCUUCCGUCCCAGCGGUGGUACCAACAACAACAACAGCUCCAACGUGACGACGAUUCCGACAACCAACCCUCCCUCCCCUUCCCGUCGUCAGUCUCAUCUCCAAAAAAAUGCACAGACUCUUUUUUGCUAGCCACGGAGUUCGGGGUACCGGUGCAGGGGUUCGGGUUCUCUUUUGUUGGUGUCUAUGGUCUAUCUCGGGGGGUUUGGUCGCUUCUUUAUUGAGGGCUUUGUUCGGCUUCUGAGGACUUUUCUGUUACUUGUAACCCAAGUAAUACCCCCUGUAUCACUUUUGGGUUUUCUCUUCUCUUCCAUGGUGUAUUUACUUUCUUUGAGAUGAUUGUAUCAUCUGUUUUUAUGGGGGUGUCUACUUUCUUUAGCUGUGUGUGUGUCGAUUAGUUCCGGGCCUGAUUGUUAGUUAUCUGUUGAUCGGGUCUGGGGUGUACCUUCUAGGGUUCUAUUUCUGUGACAGUUGCUGGCUAGGAUGAC